UCAAUGGUGUAAAUCUGUAUCAGAGAGGUCGCAUAGGAGUCCUAGAACGUCAUGUAGGCAAAAAAGUCAUAGGCCAUAUGGCUAAAGUGUAUCAAAAGGUUAAGUGUGCAGAACUGAUAUUUUGCCUUGUCAUGUCUGUUCUUGUACAAUAGAUGUAACGAAUCACCACAGGCAAUAAAUGUUCAGUUUCAUGUUAUUAUAUCACAGCUAGUGGCUAAAGUAUUUUAGAGAUAUAAAAUGGUUAAAUUGUGGACUAUUUUAACACCAAAUCUAGAUGACUACCAUCAGAAAAAGUGGUAGUGAAUAUUUGGGUUUUUCUUUCUACAUUUUUUUUGUACGAGAUUACAUGUGACUGUUAACCUCAGAAAUAAAAAAAAGUCUGACGUAUUGAUGAACAGAAGAGGUUGAUAGAAACAGCCUUUUAAAAUAAAUGAUGAUCAAGCAUAUGCUUGUUCCAGUUUCCCUAUAACCGAGAUUUCAUAAUAUUCACAUAAGCAUACUUGAUGGAGGCAUGCAAUGCGGAUAAAGUGUAUUUGGAUAGUGACAACUCCUUAGGCAGAUUGUUUCCUGUGGGCUCCCAAGACAAAUUUAUACAGAUGAUAUCUAGAACAUAUGGAAUGUGUGGUUGUAUUAUGAGCAUUGCUGGAACGCUGAUGCUAUGUGAGGAGUGGUCACGAUGAUGUCACUCUGGUUGAGACUGCGGGACUGGCCUGAUUUAUGACCUGAGAUAUCAUAAACACUUUUGUGUGGAUAAAGCAAGAUUCGUUUCAUUAGUUUACCCUGAUGGAGCCAAGGAAUAUUAUUUUUUUCCUGAUGGCUCCUGUUUUUUUUUUAAUAGUGAGGUGUGUUAGAUGACUGAAAAAGAGAAACAGAAGUGUGCCUAUGUGCGUGGGUGUGUUUCACACCCUAGUGUCUGGAAAAUUGUUUGAUUAAGAACACACCCUAACACAGCUGUAUACUUUAGGGAGCACGAUGAACACACAGGCACACACAUUAGCUUUAUGUGUAGAAAUUAAGGUACCAAAAUGACACUCCCAUAUUAUGUGAAAUACCAAUACUGCAGCUUUACAUUUGUUUAUAAAGGCUUGUGUUCACACAUCACAUGCAGAUAUUAUACACUCCUGCACAACACACACAGCAUCAAAGAUAGGAAUAUCUGACAGUUUUGACCUUGGCUGGACAUUUCACAUUUCAUUUCAGAAACUACAGCUUUUAGCCAAAAUGUUUCCUUUUGGUUAAUGAGGUUUGGGAUAUAUUUAUGUGUAGGCAUAGCAUUAAUCAUCUGGAUUAAAAAUUAUGCAAAUGGAAGGUCCUCCCAAGGAUAGUAAGACAAAGCUGUGUGUGUGUGUGUUUCUUUCGACUAGUGUGGUUAGACUUGUGUGAUUUAUUUCCUCCUUUCAACAAUGUAGUACAGGUUAAACGCUUUGAUGGCCAUCCAACACACUACCUCAUUUGUGAUUACACACACUCAGAUGCUUACUCCAAGCAGAAAGGUAAUGCAUUAAUGCAUUAAUAUUAAUAACACAUGCUGUUGUGUAAUGCUUAUCAUUGUUUAAUAGACCCAUGUGUUAUUACACAACAUGUGGGUGUGAACUCCUCUAAAUCAUCAUGGGAUGUUUUCUUGUUCUGUCUGCAUUGUUUAAAAAUACAUUGGGAAAGCGAUAGAAGAUAAUAUUUUUUUCCACUGUAAUUAAAACUGAAUAAUGAUAUCCGAUGGCAGGGAGAAUAGUCUUCACAAAAUGUCCAAACCAUUGAUAAUAAUUUAUGAGUUGACAUUCUAGCAGCAAUUGUUUCAAUGUUUUGACUAUUUUUUAGACCUGUGUUUACCCCCGGAUUCAUUAUAGAACAUAUUUUAUAGAUAUAGAUAUUUAUUGUUGUAAAUAAAUUACAUACCUAGUCUGAUCUUAUAGAAAACUCAUGAUUUAUCAUCACUGUGCUUCUGGGUUGCCAGGUCUGCAGCCCUUAUAUCAUGCAUUUAUCUUAAAUGGUUCUUUUACCAAGGUCUGCAAUGGUGUUGUAUGAUUACUUAUGCGUGGUGAUCUGGGGAAAUCGGCCUGAAUUCUGGUAAGCAAAACCAUAAAAGAUGAAAAAUGUAUAUAUUUUAUUAAACUGGCAUGGAAAUGGUGAUCAUGGUUUUUAUGUACUUUCUAGCCUUGCCUUGACUAUCCUUCUGUAAAGAUCAUGUUGUGUAAGGAUUCAGUUUAGCAGUGGGUGAAAACAGUCGGUCUGCAUAAAGAUGUCUAAACCUUGGUAGCUAAGUCUGAUUUCCUCACACAAUGAUUGUCAAGCUUUGAUCAAGUUUUGGGAAAGCUAUGUACUCUAGCAGAAUGGACAUAAACAUAAUCAUUUCAGUUUGUAAUCAGGCACCAGCUGUCACUGUCAAAAUGUCUCUGAUGCAUUUUGCAUGUAUUUUAACUUAUGUAUGAGAUAUUUAACUUAAGUUUGAGAUGUGAAACAGAAACAUAGUUCAGGAACAUCUGUAGUUUUCAGAGCUAUACAUAGUAGAAAAAGUCAAACUUUCAGCAUGUGAAGGCUGCCACGUUCAUGUGGUUAUAAAUCUAGAAAGUAGAUAAUAAUAAUACGUUCAGAAAGGCUGCCACGUUCAUGUGGUUAUAAAUCUAGAAAGUAGAUAAUAAUAAUACGUUCAGAAAAAAAUGAACAAACAGUAGCGUUUAGCACAGUCCAAUUCUGUAGAAAAACGCAGAACCUGGCAACAAUGCUUAAAAUUUACGACAUUGCACCCGUUGAAAAUGUCAUCAUCGUUUCCUAACUGUGGUUUAGUAAAAGCCACAUCUGUGAUAAAUAAAUUAUCCAGUAGCUUAUUUUUUUAUUUUAUUUUAUAUUUUUUUUUGCAUCUUUUCUAUGUUGUUACACAAGUCACUAUUCUGCAUUAGGGGCACUUCAUGCCCUCAUCCAGACAUGCCAGAGGGCACAACGGCAACAUUGCCCCACCCUCAUCAAGAAUGCUGAAGCCAUCUCAGCCUAAUAGGUUUGAAAACAAUACUCCGAGUGUCUACCCUGCUCUCUAGGGUACCAAGCGGUGGCAGAGGCAGGACAAAGACCCUGAUUCUCCACAGAGAAAGAGGAAUGACUGAUGACUGCUCACUGGAACAUGACAUGGGCGUAAAAUAUGGAUGUCACAAAGACGACACGUCACUCUUUCACAAAGAUCCGUCUGUCUAGUGAAAGUGAGGGAGAGACAGAGAUAUUGUUAUGUUACUAGUGCUAGAGCUGCUGAAUUAGAUGGUGCUAGUUGAUUGGGCAGGAUAAAGAUGUGCAUUGAGUCGACACAGCAGUACGCCUUCAGUCGCAGUUCCAUGAAGCUGAGCGCAUUUUCCACAAAACGCUGCACUGCCUAUGCACGUCUUCACUUUUUUAAAUUAGAGUAGUUGAAUGAAGGUGAAUGACUGUAAUCGUUAUAGCAAAAACAGGUUUUCUGAGUGACCGUAGUGUUUUGUUUGCGGUUUGAGGUUUUUGGGAGUUUCGCUUCUGGUUGAAAAGAGUAUCAGUAUUUUGGAGCCAUGGCAUUUAAUCAGCUCGACUUAACAAGGGAAAUUUCUCACAUCUGCACUCUCUUCAACUCUGUAUUGUAUAGCUCAAAAGUCAUAGAAAUACAGAGAAUUGCUUGUUUGGGUCAGAUUUUUGGAGGAUGAUGGUGCUUUAAGGAAAGGGGUUUCUUUUAGCCUUCAACCAGGAUUGUGCGCAUCACUAGAGACAGAAAUUUGUCCAACUCCUGAAGUCAACAGAUGCAUCUCGCCACAGUUUGCUCUACAUUAAAGAGAUUGGGCAUGGAUGGUUUGGCAAGGUAAAUUGCAAAAGCUUUAUUUAUUUUAAAAAAUAAUCUAUUUUCAUUUUUUUUCCCCCUCUUGUUCAUUCAAAUGUGUGCGUGUGUGUGCUUUAUAUAUGUUCGCAUGUGUUUGUCUCCUCUGUUUGUACCUGUUGUUAUAUGUGUUGUCUAUUUCUCGUGUGUGGGCAUCUUUGUGCGUGUGUGUGUCUAUGUUGCGUGUGUGUGUACCGUGUGUCCACAGGUGUUGUUGGGGGAGGUAACCUCUGGUCUCAGCAGUACUCAGGUGGUGGUGAAGGAGCUCAAGACAAGUGCCAGUAUUCAGGACCAGAUGCAUUUCUUGGAGGAAGCACAGCCUUACAGAUCUCUGCAGCAUCCUGCUCUAGUGCAGUAUUUGGCUCAGUGCACGGAGGUCACGCCCUACCUGCUGAUCAUGGAGUUCUGUCCUUUGGGCGAUGUGAAAGGUUAUCUGCGCAGCUGCAGAGCAGCAGACUCUGUGACUCCUGAUCCUUUGCUCCUUCAACGAAUGGCAUGUCAGAUCGCUUCUGGCCUUCUGCAUCUCCACAAACAUGAUUACAGCCACAGUGAUCUGGCUUUGAGAAACUGCCUUCUGACAUCAGAUGUUACUGUCAAGAUCGGAGAUUAUGGCCUGUCACACAGCAAGUAUAAGGAUGAUUACUUUGUGACAUCGGAUCAGUCCUGGGUACCAUUACGCUGGAUUGCCCCUGAACUGGUGGAUGAAGUUCAUGGCAACCUACUGGUGGCAGACCAAACAAAACAAAGCAACAUUUGGUCUCUUGGGGUAACUAUUUGGGAGUUGUUCGAGUUGGGGAAUCAGCCUUAUCGACACUACUCUGACAGGCAGGUCCUCAGCUUUGCUGUAAAGGAACAACAACUUAAACUUCCAAAGCCACUGCUUCAGUUUCCUCUUUCUGACCGGUGGUAUGAAGUGAUGCAGUUCUGUUGGCUUCAAUCAGACCAGAGGCCUAAUGCUGAGGAAGUUCACCUACUGCUCAGUUACCUGUGUGCCAAAGGUGCCAGUGAGGCAGAAGACGAUUUUGAGAGGCGCUGGAACUCAAUGAGACCUAACAUGACUCAUGGCAGUCUGCACGGGGCUGGUCCCCUGACCCUGGAGAUGCCGCAAUCCUUGACAGCCUCAUCCUCAUUCCCCUUACUGGAGCAAUUUUCAGCUGGUGAUGGCUACCAGUCAGAGUCAGGAGAUGACAUUCUCACAGUUACUGAGACCAGUCAUGGUCUGAACUUCGAGUACAAAUGGGAACAAGCAAGAGCUAAACAGCCCUAUCCCUCCUCAUCCACCACUGGAACAUUAGGUCAAGGGAAUCCCCAUUGCCAGGAGGUCUAUUAUCCUCCAGGAGGUAUGGUAGGUGGAUGUGGGAUUGAUGGACUCACCUUAGGGGUCUCUCCCCAAUACUAUGACCCCAAACAGUUACACACUCCAGGUGUUGUUCCAGUUCUCAGUGCUCAUAGUCCUUCAGUGAAUAGUGAGUAUUACAUUCGUAUUGAAGAGCCAGUAGAAUGCAAUAUUGACAUGGAAUACACAAUGUGUGCAUACAGCCCUGAAUUUGGGGGAAGCAAUGGCAGCUUUCUCACUGGUAGUGGAGACUCAGGGGAUUGUAUGAACUGCCCUUCUAAAGGCAAGCCAAUUGAAACAUACUGGUCAGCUGACAUCCAUAAAAGAAGUGCCUAUGAUUCAGACAGCAGUCCAACCAUGUCCCUAACUAUGGAGCCACUUCUAGGUCAGGUAUCUGAUUCCAGCCCACUUAGGCCUUGGGAGUCAGGUCAUUAUGUAUCAUACAAAGACAGGGAUGGAGGCUAUUACUAUGAAAACUCACCACCACUGGGUAUGGAUCACUACCUUAUUGGAUGCCCAUCAGAACCCAUGAGGGAGAGCUGGGGGUCUCGAAGCCUGAGAAAGGCACUGGGUGAGCUAGAGGAACCCUUGGGGAUCUCACCAUCCCUUGGCAGCCCCCCACAGGGCUAUGGUGACCCUUACAUAGAGAGCAGCCAAGGGUCAGUAAUUGGGAAGAAUGUAACUGGAGGAUACUAUGACAUGAUGGGUUCUUUAAGAAAGAUCAUGCCAGGGAACCACUCAGUGUGUAUUGACAUGGAAUCAGGAGAUGCUGUGUUUGUGGGGCAAGAUGACAGUGACUCAGAAGAGGAGGAGGAUCUAUUCAUUGAAAGGCAGGCAAUGGGCUGGUCCACCAACCAUUCAGCAAAAAACAAUUUGAGAUUGUCUCAAAUACAGUCAUCAAAGCAAGAUGCAUAUGUAGACUUUCAUUACACUAUGCCAAUGACUGAUGUUGAGGAUGCGUGGCCAGAGAACCACAGUCUCCCAUACCGCUCUACCAAAACGCUUAACUACCUGGAAGGUAGAGCCAAAAGCAACACCUGCCCUGUGCAUGGCAGACAAGCAUCAGUAUCCUCAGCAGACUGCAGCUCCUAUAUUCAUCUAUGUCAUGAACCCAGAGAAGCAGAGGUUUACCCUGUCCCUUGUUGUCAGGCUUUGAGCAAUUCCCAUUUUGUAGAUCCUCUUACAGGGUCGUUAGUAAGAAAUUGUUUCAUGAAUGACAAUAUUUCAGACAAAAACACAGGCGUAACCAGCAGGAACCCACAGGUAGGCCAAGCUGCCUUACCUACAGGACAUUUAAUUUCCAAAUCAGAGACAACAAAAUCCAAUUUAAAACAGACCGAACACCCAGAAUAUGUUGACACUGGGGUCAGAGAGGGAAUCUAUAGACAAGACAGUACUGGACAAAAAGAUACUAGUCAAAUUAACAGGAAAACCGAGGUUAUAACCAUAACUCAACAAGUGGAGAAUACCCUUCCUGAGAUCUCUUCCAAAGAGCCUGAAUCAGACAGAAGCAAGAUGGUGGACAGUGGCGUGGAACAUGGACAUUCUAGCACCAGCCUUGUGGAAAUUGACAAUUGUAGUGAUGAUGACAUCACAGAUGUCACCUCUGGGAUUUUUGGUGACUUCCAAGGAGAUUAUGCAGAGACAGCUGACUACACCUCCCCUUCAUUCAAGUCAUUGCAGAAGCAAGUAGGUACACCUGACUCCAUGGAUUCCAUAGAUCUACCAUCUACUGCAGGCUCCAGUGAGACUCUGAGCCCAACCUCUCUCCACCCUUCAAAUUCACCUAGAGCUGUGGAUAGUGGCUAUGACACAGAGAACAAUGAGUCUCCUGAAUUUGUCCUCAAGGAACCCCAUGAACCACAAGACACCAAAGCCUUUAUCCAGCCACUCGGAAUGUCAGUCCCAGACUCAAGUCCAAUCAAGGAAGCAAAAGAAGAAGAUGGGUCUGACACACAACAAGAGGAUGUGGAGGAUGUGGAGGAAGGAGUCGCCAUGAAAACAUCUCAGAGCACUGGAAGGCUGACAGUACUAAGUGAGAAAACCCCAUACAGAGAUUCUGCUUACUUUUCUGAUACUGAUGCAGGGAAAGAGAAAGAGAGUGAUGAAGACAGAGAGAAAGAUAUUGAUGAUCUUGAGAGGAAGGAGGAGGAAGCAAUGCAAGCAAUAGGCCAAACAACACUACCAACACCAGUGAUAGAGCAAGACAAAGAAAAGUCAAAUGUUCUGGAGACAGAAGAAAACUGUGAAAAUUUCUACAAUGAUAUUCAGGAAGGGACCCAAAAAGCUCUACCCUCAGAAGAACAUGAAAAGCUUUCCCCUAGUUCCCCUGAACCAACUAUUAUUUCUUCUGUUUCUCCUGAGAUAUGUGAAUGCCCUAUAAAUGACACUGUCCAGGAUGAAGGCUUUGACCUGAAUUCAGAUGAUCCUCAAGAAAUGCCAUCUGAGAAUCAGUUAUCUGAUUUAACUGCCUUGCCAUUUUCUGAUACCAAGCAAGAAAACCACAAAACUGAGGAGACAGACACCACCCUUGCUUUUGAACCAUCACUGGCUAAAAUUUUAGUUGAAGACAGUAAUAUUGAGACCAGUCUUGAUAGCUUUAUCAAUGCAAAUGAAGUAAACCAGGAAAAGCAAGUUACUGAAGAAGCAAUAUUCAGAACUAGUUCAGAGGUACUAUCAGCUCAGGACAACAAUGACGAAGUGGAGAUACUUAUACCUGACUCAGCCAAGAGUGUUUCAACAGAUAAUAUUGUGGACAAGCCUGAAACUCCAGAUGGUAACACAAAAUAUGGAUUUCAGUUUCACAAGAGCUCCACUCGUCCUUCCUCUCCUCCUCCUCUCCCAUCACUUGAGGGACGAGUGUCCCCAGUGGAGAGAGGAGAAGCUGAUGAUGAGGACAGGGAUUCAGAGGAUAGUGAUGAAUCAGAUGAGGAGCUACGCACCUAUAGUAUCCAGGAGCAGAGUGAGGAGAGUGAGGAUGAAAUUCUACCUGUGCCCAUCAUUGUGAGUGACUGCAGUGAUGCACACAAACUCAGAAGCCUCCUCAAGAUGCCCAGCUUGUGCAUCGAUAACCUUGGUGAUGAGUUGGAGUCCAAGAAGAAGGUGGUGUCCUUCUUUGAUGAUGUUACUGUCUACUUGUUUGACCAAGAAAGUCCAACCGGAGAACUAUCAGAACAUGCCUUCCACCUGGGAGGUGAGACAAGCAAACAGGGUGCAAGGUGCACAGAUUCAAACCAACAGGAAAAGGCCAAUUCCACUGAUGACUCUUCAGAUGGAAACAUUUCAGAAGAGAGUACAGGGUUUGAGUGGGAUGAUGAUUUCUCUUUGCUGCCACUACCCACCUCAUCAAAGGAAUCACCCCCAGACAUCAAGGCUAAACCAAGCCUUCCACCCAGUGACACAAAUAACAAGCCAGUAGAGCAAUUCUCACGCUUCACAGUUUCUCCAUCCCCAAUUUCACGUUUCUCCAUUACCCAUGUUUCUGACUCUGAUAUGGAUUCUGCAGGAGGAAGCAGUGAGGAUGGGGAUAGAGAAUGAGCACUGCACACCACUGCCAUCUAUGUGGAGUGCUUUGCAUGGACCUCUUUUCUUCACACCUACUGGUCUUUACAUUGAAAAUUAUACUGUUUCAGAAAAUGUUCGGGAUCCCAUCAAGGACAGUGCCUAUUAUUGUUUGCAACUAGUUACACAAUGGUCAUUAAUGAACCAAUCACAAAUGAACACGUCUGUGGCCAUUUGCUUUUUAAGAAGAAUAUUAUAAAUUGUGAAAAUCUCAAGUAAUACCAUAUUUGUUAAAAUUCUACCUAUUUUAAACUAGUGACAAUUUUGAAAGAACUACAGUAUAUGGACUGUGAAGACAUGGGAUCUUUAUAAAAGACAUCACAUAUUUUCAUGAAUGAUGGGUAAGAUCUUGAAAUGAAGGAUACAAUCAACAUUUUUUUCCAGAAAAAAUUGUAAAGCAAAUCAAGAGAAUUUUUUUCAAGGACUUUGACUUUGACUGUGAAGUAAUGAUGAACUAAUGAACAAUGUUGCUAAUAAUGAUUUAUGUUGCUAAAGGAAGAGAAAUUAAGUGAGCCUACUGUUUGUCAAUGGCUGAUUUUGUUAGAUUUUUUUUUUUUUUUUUUUUUUGAGAAAGCAAACUCACCUUCUUUUUACAUUCUAUUUCUUUGAUUGGGUAUCAGAGCAACAGCCUUGUGCCUAUGUCACAUAACAAAAAGUGGCAGACUUUUACAAGCUGCUUUAAAAUGUUGGCGAGAGAUGAAACACAUAGCUGCCUUGAGUCAGCCAUCUACUUGUAAGUAGCAGAUUAUACAGGGUCAUGAAACAUCAUGAUACUUAGACCAGCUCCUUCAUGUUAUUACAAAUAAGAUCUCUAAUGAAAUUCAUAUCUUUUGUCAUUGUCUUAGAUUUUUGGAGAGGCAAAGUUUGCCUGGUUGAUGAAUACAGUUCUACGAACUACUUUUUCAGUACUUACUUAUUAUUUUAAUUUAAAUUAUUGUCAGUAUCAUGCAAAAAAGAUUAAUGGUUUUCAAAAUCAUGCUUUGCCGUCUACCCUGUCUUGGUUAAGCUUUAAUAACCUCAAUUCUAUCUUCAACCGUGCUCACAGUUGCCCAUAACAUAAAUCUUAUUUAAAAAGGUUGCAUUUUGGCCCUAGAAUGAGAACUGCUAAAGAAACCCAAAAUGGGAAAAAACAACAUGAUCAUUUUAAAUGCUUGAGAACAUAGUUCUUGGUACUGGACCCUUUAGUCCUUUAGUCUGUAAAACAUGCAUUUUAUGCUGAGCAUGUAUAACUGAUGCUGUACAUGUCUGCUACCUUUUGAGGACCAGAGCUGGGAUGUGUUAUCUUUAGGGUGUUUAUAACAAUUAUUUUUAAUUUAAUACAUGAUGCCUGUCUUGUCACUUUUGAGAAAUUUAUAAAGUAAUAGAAGGGAGAAAGACAUACAUUAAUGGCAUUUAAUGCACAGCCUAUGGACAAUGUAUUAUUAUGGUUAUUUAUUAGAAUAGACAGAAACUACUGAACAAAAUGUACUGUACUGAUUGUUAAGUUGCAGAAUUACUGUCCAAAUUAAGUUUUCUUUUUACAUUUUCUUGUGAACAUUGUUGGGAAAAAAAGUAAUUUUCUCUAUUAGUAAGAAACUGUUUGACAAGAUAAAGAGGAAUUUAAUGCACUCUGUAGAUUUCUGUACUCUGGACCUGGGAAAGAAAAGAAAAAUACCAUCCUAACAAUCCUCUCAUGUUCAAUGUUUGUUUGCCUCUUAUGGCAUCACUGUUCUAAUUAGGUUAGCCUAGAUUGAACUAGACAGCAAUCUGUACUAUUUUUGUAUUCUAUGAAACAGUUUUAAAAUCCUAAACUGUAUUAUAAUGUUGCUGGACUGUAAGAGUUUAUCAUCAUAUAUCUGCUGCCAAAGAGAAGCAUUCUACUGGUACACAUGGGGUUGUUGGCUGGAAUUGCUGGACACCAACAUGACUUGAUAAUCAUGAGGUGAUGGACAAUGUUCUUUCCUAUGACUGUAUUCAUAUGAAUUCCAGCAAAAAGGGUCUCAGUCAUUAGAAUUCCCAUGAAUUUGUGUGAGAUUAUGGUGAUUUACGGUGAAGGAAAUCUUGUAGUUGAGUGUUGUGAGCAAAGAUGUGGUUGAAUGAUGCUAUGGUGUAGGAAUUUAAAGAUAUAAAUUGGUUGGGUUAAAUGUUAUGUGAAGGUUCCCAUAAGUAUCUGUCCCUCUUGGGUGUCACAUGAUCAGUGACUGUACACAAACAACAACAAAAAAAAAUAAAUUAAUUGUUUGACAUCUUUA